AUAACUGUGAACUCGCAAUCUUUAAGGUUUCCGCAGCUUUCUCUAACCAUUGAUAAAAGCAGUCGCGAUUCGUAAACUAUAUUCAGUCGACAAAAAUGAGCUUUUUGUGUUGUCACCCUCUUCUAACCAAACUAGUUAUGAACCGUAAGCAAUAUUUAAUUCCAUAACUUAUACGACAUUGUCUUCGGGCCCGCCGAGAAAAUCAGGUUAAAUGUUGGCGCCGUCUCCAUUUUUCACCAAUGAUUGACUUGAUACUGUCGUCUGCAAUCGUGGGUCAGUCUAUUUGGUAAACAAAUCGCCAUCUUGCUGAGUGUGGACAUUUUAUUUGUUUGUGUGUUGUGUGUGCUGAGAGAUUCGAGAAAAGCUGCUGGGCUUCCUACCUGCGUGGUAUAGCCUAGUAGUAGCAGUACAGUGCCACUAUUGGGCCUGUCGAGAAAGUCGCUCUCGCUGCAGUUGCAGGUUAACUGAUUGUCCCGGUGUGGCCGUCGGCGCUUCUGUGCGUCGCCUCUUGUGCCCCGUGGACUGUUAUCUGUGCUCAGUGCGACGGUGUUCUAACCAGAAGGGACACGGCCAGACUACCAAACGGGCUGCAUCUUGCUGCCUUAAGCUUACACUGGCAAUCGUCAUAGUAAAUUGGGCUAAAAGCAGCUUAAGUGUUCUGUGUGGUGUUGUUGGAUGUGCUAUAGGCCAUUCGUUCACGCCCGAGAUCUACCAGCUGCUUAGUUAGUGAGUAGCGGUUGUAGAGUACGACAGGAUCAAAACAGAAAGCCUCUGAAGGCCUGACGAUUGCGCUGCGGGGCUCACCGUCCAUUCGACAGCUCAAGAAAUGGUUCGGACCUCUAUGUUUUCUGCGGCUGCAGUCUUAAAGAUCUCCACGUUCGCACCGGUGUCGUCGCGCCCUGCGUUCGAGAUGAGCUCUAUCGUAGAGGUGGGCUGGGGGCGGUGAGCCGCCAACGAAGGCGGCCAUUUGACCAUUUGACUACCGCUGCAGGAUGGCGACCCCGCCAUGGAUGGAGGGUGUACCUGGCGGCCCUCCCUUGCAGCAACAGCAAGCGACCAUGGCCCCGCAACAGCAACAGGGGCCUCCGCAGUCAUCGGGGCUGUCAGCCCUAGAACGUAUGUUAGACAAUGCUCCGAAACCCCCAGGCACAGGUCCCGCAGACCCGUACGGACACCAAUGGGGUCCAGGGACCUCUCAGGGUUCCAUAUCCGGUUACCAGACCUCAACUCAAGGGGGUCCCGGCGGAUGGUACCAACCGCCGGGGCCCCUUCCAGGGGAGUAUCCGUACUCAGCAGCAGGGGAUCCCAAUAUGCCUUCACAGUCAUUCGGACCCCCACCUCCACAACAGGCUCAGCAGGACCAGAGGUACCCUCCACCUGAUAUUCAGCAGCCAGUAGGAGGGCCUCCUCCUAUGAGUCAACAGGAUCUUGGUGGUUAUUAUUCAUCGCAGAAUGCUAACGCUGGCAUAGGGCCGGGUGAUCAAUGGUGGGGGUACCCACCGGAUGGCCAGGGAAGUUUAGGUCCUCCCACACCUUCUCCUAGUGGGCGACAAUACGACCAAUAUCCGCCCCCAUCACAGAGUUACUAUCCGGCUGAUUCGGGCUACGGGCCAACGCAACCGCCUCACUCGCAGGUGAACAUGUAUAAUCCGAACAUUCCACCAGCGAACGCCUUCAACGGCGCUCCCGGAAGUUUGGGAUCUCAGGGUGGAAACCAGUACGCUCCUCCGCCACCUCCACAGCAGUUUGAUCAAUUCGUUGGAGGCAGUGGGUAUUCACAAGCCCCACAGCAUGGUCCUCCACCACCCGCAGGAAGUUACUUUGAUCAGAGCUAUUGCGAAACAACGCCCUAUGGACCGGUCAAGAAUGAACCUCUACCGCCUUCGCCCUACCCGAGCAGUCCGAGCCUAAAUCGAGGCUCAGUUCCGCCUCCGUCAACGGGUCAGGGGUCCGUACAGGGUCAACAGCAGCCACAAAUGUUUUCCCCAUAUGGUGGCCAACAAGGCUAUCCACCGACACCUACACCACCCCAAGCAGGUUUACCGCCCCCACCUCAGCAGCAGUACCCGCCAAUGAGCUCUGCACAGCAGGGACCUCCUCCACAAGCGGGCUCAUCACCUGCCGAGACCAAAAAGCCUAGGAGGAGAACUAAGAAAGGUACCUUUAAAGGAAAGGAACCCGCUCCAGAGCCUGCUCCAGUAACACCCUCGACUCUUAUGCAGUCACAUCCUGGUCAUAUGGGUCAUAUGGCUCCCCUGCCUAGUCAGUAUGGUCCUCCGCCAUCACCUAUGGGGACACCUAUGGGCGUGGGGCUUCCUCCUGACUACAAUCCUUACUCGCAGGGUCCACCGGGUCCGCCUGGUUAUUCAAUGAAUCCUGGAGGGCCAAUAGAUGCUAAUGGGCCUGUGAUGGGCGGUCAGUGUCCACCAGGAAUGCAGCCCCCGAUGCAUAAUGGUGGCGGUAUGGGGCAGCCUCAUGGAAUGGGGCCAAUGGGUCAGCAAUUACCGCCUCAACCGCUACCUCCUCAGCAUUCGAUGUAUGGUGGUUUUGGCCCAUCGCCUGAUCAACAGCUUAUGGGACCACAGCAGCCGCAUCAGCAUAUCCCAUCCCAACAGCUGAAGCCCGUAGAGCAACGUGGCGUAAAACGUGAAGGCGAUCUAAUCAGUAGCGAGUCGUCAAAACGAUUAACAUCUGUACUGUCGCAAGAUGAUAACGCAUUGAGCCAUGCUCCCGUUGAGGAAGGGUGUGUAAGGGUGCCACUGGGAGUCGGUGUAACCGGUGAACGGAGCGGAGCAGACAACGGGUCAACAAAGGAUGACAAUGUCACAGAAAAGGAUGAAUCCACCCAGGAGUCAACAAACACGAUAGAGAGUGCCAAAACGGAAACCGAAGAUGACGACCCAUCAAAGAUGGGAGCCACAAAUGGCGACCGAUGUCGAGGUUCAUCAAAGAAAGAAAAUGGCGAAAGCAGCAGUGGAAAAAAUGGAGACAACAAUGGAGGAAAGGACAGGGGUAGCGGUAGCAGUAAAGACGGCGACGAGAAGGGUAGAGACAACAAAGAUAGCGACCGAAAAGAUGGCGAAUCAAAAGACAACGAUGACAGCGACGACGUCGACAAAAAGUCGAAGCUGCACCUAAGGAGAAAUAUCAAAGGCAUUAAAGACGAAGCCUCGUUAGACGAACGAACAAAGCGUGCCCAAAAGGAGGAGAAGGAGCGAAUGGAGCGUUUGCAAAAGCAACGACAAAGAGCUCUCAAUGCUCUAAAAGAGCUGAGGGGACAGCUGGCAAAGCCAUUUGACGAGGCGACAAGGUCAAUAGUCGCUGCACAGGGGGUCACCCCGUCAGCUAGUGACGAGAUCGGAGUCGAGAACAGGAGUGCUAAACGGAACGAAGACAACAGCGAGAUUACCACAGAGAUUCCCGAUGACAAUGAGGAUGUCACUAUAGUUAAGGAGGAGAAACAAACAAAAAAGAAGGAUAAGGAUAGAGAAAGGGACGGCGACGUUAUCGAGUUGUCAUCUGGUGAUGAAGACGAGGAAAGUUCUGAUAUCCCAAAAGAACGAGAUGUGAUCAAUGUCAGCGAUGAAUCGGAGGACGAGGAUGAAGAGCUGGACCUUAGUACGUUAGUGCAUCCGAUUCGUGACGACAAAGGACGGGUGCUUGUCAACGUUGGGCACGACGAUAACGAAAAGGAUAUAUUUAUUGCUCCUCAACUCGCUCCCAUUAUAAAACCGCAUCAGAUUGGCGGGGUACGUUUCCUAUACGAGAAUGUGGUAGAGAGUAAGGAAAGAUUUGAGACCACCCCAGGAUUCGGUUGCAUUCUAGCACAUAGCAUGGGAUUGGGCAAGACCAUCCAGGUUAUCACAUUUAUCGAUGUGUUCUUGCGCCACACAUCGGCACGGAAGGUCCUAGUUAUCACUCCAAUCAACACCAUUCAGAAUUGGCAAGCUGAAUUCGACAAGUGGGUGCCCAAAGAGGACCAAGUACACCCAUCAUUUGUCAAUGACGGCCACGUACGACCUCGUAACUAUCCUGUGUUUCUACUUAACGAAGCAUACAAAUCGACAACCGCACGUCAUCGUGUUAUUAAAGAUUGGGAGGACCAGGGGGGUGUUAUGCUUAUGGGCUAUGAGAUGUACCGCACAUUGGCCCUGAAAAAAACCUACAAACCAAAGGGAAGGAGGAAGGCCAACAACGCUCAAGAUUCAGAGGAAACGCAGCGUCGAGAUCGCGCGCUACUUGAAGAGGUCUAUGAGGCGUUGGUCAAUCCCGGACCCGACCUUGUGGUUUGUGACGAAGGCCAUCGUAUCAAAAAUUGCAAUGCAUCCACUUCCGCCGCUCUCAAGGAUAUCAAGACGCGCCGUCGUAUUGUUUUGACAGGCUAUCCUUUACAGAACAAUCUAAUAGAAUAUUGGUGCAUGGUGGACUUUGUUCGACCCGCAUAUUUGGGCACAAAGAUGGAGUUCACUAAUAUGUUCGAACGGCCCAUACAGAACGGCCAGUGCGUUGAUUCAACGCCGAAGGAUCGGCAAUUAAUGAAGUUCCGCGCACACGUGUUGCAUUCACUGCUGAUCGGUUUUGUACAGCGUAGAGGUCAUGGCGUUUUAAAAGACGCCCUUCCACAUAAAGAGGAGCAUGUGAUAAUGGUCAGAAUGACCGAAGUUCAACGCGCACUUUACUCUGCACUUGUCCGGGAGUUUGUCACCGAUUCUGAUAAUUCGGCCAACCCAUUGAAGAUUUUCGCUGUCUGCUGCAAAAUCUGGAAUCAUCCAGACAUUCUGUACAAUCUAGUCAGAAAUAAAAAAGGGCUACCGCCAACGGCAGUAAUGGAUCUGGACAUUGAUGACGGUACAGCGGAGGGUCCAAGCGGCGUGUGCACCCCACGGAAAGCACCCGGUGAAGACGGAGAAAGUCUUUUGGAGCCUGAAGGGGUUACUGAGGAGAAAGAUGAAGGGCUUACGGUAAAAAAGAAACGAGGUCGAAAGAAAAAAGAACUGCCUGUACCCGUCGAACCGUUGCCAACGAACAAAGUUGACGAUGAUCUUAACAAGAUCUCCUAUGAGUGGGCGUACGAUAUUCUAGAAGACUAUAAGCCGGACGAUGUCUCCAAUAGCCACAAAAUACUGCUUCUGAUGGAGAUGGUGGAUACGGCGAUGAAAAUUGGAGACAAACUUCUUGUGUUUAGUCAGUCCCUGCUCACGCUCGACCUGGUUGAAAGGUUUUUGCAAGCGCGCGAUUUGCCGCCACGACCGGGUUUACCGUACACCGAUAAAUGGGUCCGGAAUAGAACCUAUUUCCGCCUCGAUGGCAGCACAUCUGGACAGGAUCGAGAGAAGAUGAUCAACGACUUCAACCGCAACCCAUGCGUGGCACUCUUCCUGCUAUCAACCCGUGCAGGAUGUCUCGGCAUUAAUUUGAUAGGGGCAAACCGUAUUAUUGUUCUGGAUGCCUCGUGGAACCCGUGCCACGACGCACAAGCUGUGUGCAGGGUUUACAGAUACGGACAACAGAAACCCUGUUAUAUCUACCGAUUUGUCUGUGAUAACUCUUUGGAAAAGAGGAUUUACGAUCGACAGGUUAACAAACAGGGAAUGUCGGAUCGCGUAGUCGAUGAAAUGAAUCCCGAGGCAAAGCUGACAUGGAAGGAUGUAUCGACGUUAAUUCAUGAGGAUGAGACAGACCCACCUGUUCAAGACUACUCGGACAAAAGUGAAUCGUUUAGUGACCCUAUCAUGAGGCAAGUAGUACUGGCCAAUUCGGCGGCCUUUACUAAACUACCAUUUGAGCAUGAAUCUCUCCUACUUGACCAGAAAGACCAAAAGCUAACGAAGUACGAAAAGAAACUUGCCAAAAUAUCAUAUGAACAGGAAAGGAAAGCAGCUCAGCUAGGUGGCCGCUGCAAUUAUGGAGGAGUAAACCUAAUGAAUGGCGGACGGGGAGGGGGAACCUACGGCACGUAUCCUCCCCGGGUGGGCAUGGUCCGAGACUACAAGACCGGACAGCUGGUGCCGACCCCCAUGGGAGCCAUAGGGGUCAACGCUGGCACGGCCUUGGUCCACCAGCUGAUUAAGCAGGGCAUGACGGUGCAAAAGAUGAAGGUGCCACGAAGCCUUUCCAUCGGCUUAAUCAACGAGCCGCCAGUACACGUGCCUGCCGGCAGCGAGCUAUUCGUGAUGAAGACGCCUCGCGGGGUGUAUUUGCGCCUGCCAUGCGAGCGCGUCAUCGCCAUGAGGCUGCCACAAACGCUUGAUCAACUAUGCAUGGCGCGGCCUAGCCCUUUUAGGAAUACCAUUCAGCCCGAGCACAGCUUCAUGCAUGCUGCAGCUGCUCGAAAGCCUGAGGUGAUCAACCUGGACGACGAUUCGUCCACCGACGUCGAGGACGACAAGCCUACUAAGGCAAAGCCCAAGGUGAUCACCAUCGAAUCGGAGACCAUUUCGCGCAAUAAGGGUCUCUACGACAUGCUCACUAAGGACUGCAAGUCGGCCGCGGCGCCGAAGGACGACACGGACGGCGAUCUUCUCGGCCGGGUAGCUGCCAAUAAGGACCUGCAGCUUCAAGUAACUGAAGUGCGCACGGAACGAAAGGCGCGUAUGAAGAUCACGCAACGGAAACGCGUUGAUACGAACAGCGGAAGUGGUGGUAGCGGUAGCGGUGGGGACCGAGCGCAUUUGUUAGAGCUGAACGGUGACGGAGUCGAAGUGUCAGAGGUACCUCUUGAAGGUCUGAAUAGCGUCGACGGUACAGAAGGGGAUUCCGAGCUAGAUGAAGCACUUCGAAAUGACCCACCUGAAGACGAGUUGUUUGACCUAGGAGGUUUGCUUGGUACAGAGAUCAGUGUGAGUCCCGUUAAACCUUUAAAACAACGACGUAAAAGCCCGGUUCGGACAAAACUUGACGUUGACGACGAAGACGAGGAGGACGAGGAUCUUGACGAUUCAGUUGGCACCAAUGGUCAGGCCAACAUGCCCUCUAGUAAUGAUAACUCACAGGGUUCCGCUUCAGAUAAUUCUGUGGGAGUUAAACGUAAUCCAUUAACCAUCCAGAGUCUGGACGAAAUGUUGGAUGCGCCUAAAACCAGUCCCGCCAUUCCCCUGCUGGCGCCACCAUCUCCGCAGGCAAUUAUCGCUGCUCCGUCGGCACUCGAACUAGUAGAGCCUGAUAGUACGAGGACGUAAACCUUUUUAUUGCAACGGUUGCCGCCUUCGCGCGCAUAGUACGUCCGCUCUGUUUACUGCAUUCUGUCUCAUACUGUCAUCGUAUUUGACUGUAUCGUAUUGAGCCAGAUUGAACCAGAGAUUUACGAAAAGCCUAAAGCAAAGGAAGACAACGGUUGGUUUGUAAGCACGCUGAUUCUAUCCGCACUAAGCGUGCGCAAUGACGUUUCACCACUGUCGACAUAGUCCCGCGGCUUUAUGCUGUUCCGGGGCAUCCGACACAAUCAUAUAAAGAAUUCAAAAAGCGUUAGGCCAAUUUUGUCUACCUGUUGCUCUAUUCUUCCCUCGAGUAAGAAUGAAGUGUGACCGUGAACUCGACUAGUACAUCUAAAGUACAUUUGUCGUAAGCUAGACGAAAUUACGCCGUCAAUCGUUUGAACAACUGAAGCAACGCGACAAAGCCAACUUGGGCGAAUAAAGGAGAACUAUAGUAAUGUAAUCUUAACGGGGAAUAUAAGAGGAUCGACCAGUUCUCAAAAAAAGGGACUCAGAUCAAUGGACGGAUACAAAGAAGAUGCCACCCGUCACUGAUGAUUGUGUUAUGUAAAUAUUCGUGUACAGAAUAUAUGAUUAGUGUUGAUAUGAUGACGACCUUGUAUCUGACUGAAUCAAGCAGUGUGUGAGUAUAAAAACAAAAAUUAAAAAUGUCUUGACCAGCAAGGAACGAGCACUGGCAGAAGUGUGAACAAUGCUGACUGGUCUAAUUAUUAAGCGAAUCACACAGCUGUGAUUGCGUUUGGUUUAAUAUUCUUGAAGUAGUUUAGCUGUUGUGGUUUAAUGGCGCAAGCCUAAUUAAGCCAAGAAGCACAGGACCGGUGGGUGGAAGUUCCUUGUUUAAAGCACGCCUUCCCUCCUUAUUUAUCUGUUAGCUUUUUCUCUGUUCUCAACUGCGAAAUUCUUUAUUACCAGGAAAAACGUCUAGAUGUCCUAUUAAUCUUAGGAGGGAGAAUUAACAGACAAAUGGCAAACUUUCAAGCCUGAAUGCGAAUAGAUGUAACCGAGCUUGGCAUGUUCGUUGGUUAGACAAUGACUUUUUAUUUCUCAGUGUCAUCUUCAUCAUUGCGUGUAUUGUUGACUGAAUACAACGUAGUCCUAGUGCUCCGUUUAGGGCAACAUCAUCGUAUAUGGUAUACUAAAUAAUAUGGCUUUUACAAAACAAACGGAUAUUUUUUCACAAAUUAAUAUUUGAUUAACUUUGUGAGGUGAGGAUGCCAUUUUUGGGGAUAUCUACCCGCUGCAAUACACGAAACAGGUUGAGUGUGAAUUUUAUCCCUGUCUUAGUGUUCUAGUUUCGAUUUUAUGACGUGCACGACAAGUACGUGCGUGCGUGAAGGUCUCUCGUAAGAAACGAGGUCUUCAAAAAGAGUUGAUUAGUUGAAUAUAGAGUUGAAAAGUGUACUAUGAUGAGUCCAAGACGCAGACGUCGAUACGUAGCCGAUCCUUCUAUAGCGACUGUAAAAAGACUGUGCAAGAAAAAAAAGCGUAAGAAAGCAGUGCGAGAAAGCCAAGUGUAUUCCCUACGCGAAAACGCGAAACAACAAAAAAAAUGCUUAUAACAAAUAUAUGAUAAUGAUGAUUAUUAUUAUAAUAAGAAAGAAAGAACAAGCAAAACAACAUGACUCUGUACAAUAGCUAGAUAUAUAAUCAAAUGUUUCAUAAUAUUAAUAUUGAAUUGAAUUACAAAGAGAUAUACUGUAAUAUAAUUUGUCUAUCAUCGUGAUCUGAACUAAAUAAGGAAAUAUGGUGAGUGGCACCGAGGUACGGUGCCUUGAUAGAAAGAGUUAAUAAUAAUAACAAUAAGAUAAUACUAAUGAUUAAUAAUGAUAAAGAGAAAAGGAGAUGGAAAAAUGUGGCAAGCAGAAUAAAAAGAGCGAGUGUGUCGUUUAUGUAAAUCACCGCAGCUUGUAAAUAAAUCUAUCAUAUUUAUGUCUCUCAGAAAUAGGUCCAUAUUUUAUUUUUUUCACCUUUCAAUCUAUAUCAUCUAUAUAUCAUUACGAACCGAACUGUAGAUUCAUCAAUAGUUCAAGCGCUCCUUCAAAAAAUGAUUAGUCGUACAUAAGAAAACAAUUUAUAAUAUGACGAGUUUGCGCUACGGCGACAAAGACUGGUCAAGUAAUAAUAAGGUACGUGAGACAACUGGCGAUGAAGGGAAAUGCGAAAAAAAAAUAUUGUGCAAAUAAUGUAAUAAUGGACCAAAUAAACAAUGGUUCAGAUAGAUGUCUUUUUCAGCGUAUAUUCAACUUGUGAACAACAU